AUGUCGCAGUUUCGGGUGGUCGAGCACACGGUCCGAGCCCAACAUAUCCGAGACCGAUUCGGCGCAACGGAACCAGGGCAGGCUAACAAGCUCCGUCUGGCGGUAAAACAAUACAUCCCGAAAUCGAACGAAAAACCAUCGCCGGGAGAUGUCACGAUCAUUGCUAGCUGGAAUGACCACGCGAGAGACCUCCUCUUUUUGAUCAAUCAGUAUCAAGAUGAGAUGCCCCAUCCGAUCAUCGGAGUAGGACAUAGCAUGGGUGGGAUGCACCUAGCAAACUUAGCAUUGCUGCACUCAUCACUCUUCCAGGCUCUUGUUUUGAUUGAUCCCGUCAUUCAGACCGAGAACCCCAGCAAGGACUAUGCUCCUCCAUCGAGCUACAGACGCGACAUAUGGGCCACAAAGCAAGACGCAAUACAAAGAUUUCAAAACAACAAGGUAUAUCAGAAAUGGGAGCCUCGUGUGCUUGAAAAAUACGUGGAAUAUGGACUCCGCGAGGUGCCGACCGAGAUAUAUCCGGAGCCUACUGAACUCGGCUCACAACCGGUGACAUUGACCACCCCCAAAGCCCAGGAAGUAUUUACUUUUCUGCGACCCACUUACGAAAGAGGAAGAGUAGAUGUUGAGCAAGGUGAAUGGCAAAAUGAGAUGCACCCGGACGAUUUCGAGGAGAGUUAUCCAUUUUACCGACCAGAACCGGCGCAGCUUUUCCGUCGUUUGGGCGAGAUGAAACCGAGCGUUCUGUACAUCUUUGGAGAAAGUUCUGAACUAUCGUCGCCCGCUGCUCGUCAGGCCAAGAUGGACGUCACAGGUACUGGUGUUGGUGGAAACGGUGGCGUUAGUCGGCAACGAGUGAAGGAGGUGACGCUGCCAACAGGACAUUUAGUUCCAAUGGAACGAGUUAUGGAUUGCGCCAAUGCGAUUGCUACAUUUAGCGAUGCCGAGCUCUCUAGAUGGGAUGCUGAGCGCCAGACGUACCUCCAGAGGUGGAGUGCUAUACCGCGUCGCGAUAAGAUCACGGUCGAUGACAAAUGGAAACAGCAUAUCGGCAGAUUAUCGAGGAAGCCCAAACUCUGA